AAUAAAUUAAAAAUCCCUCUCUCCCUCUCUCUAAAAAAAUCGAAACUUUCUCCCUCUCGCUCUAAAAAACCCUAAUUUCUCCCCGGAAUCACACACUGUUUCAAAAACAAGAGAAUCCAAAUCUGAUUUCUGAAUCCUCAUCUCUUUCUAGGGUUUCAAUGGUGCGAGAUUGAAGUAAUUAGAGCUGUAGAUUUCGAAAGAUCUGUUUGUAUUUAAUUUUUAAAUUUGAUUCAAUUUAAGUGUUUAUUUAUUAGAGAAAGAGAUUAGUAAUAAUGGCGUCGAAUAGUAGUGAUAAAGAGCUUGAACAGCAGUUACUGGAAGCUGGAAACAAGCUUCUUAACCCUCCUCCUUCUGUUGAUGAGUUGCUCUCUCUUCUUGACCAAGUUGAAAAUUGUUUGUCAAAGGUGGAGCAGUCGCCUUUAAAAUCAAUGCAAGAUGCACUUUCUCCUUCACAGAAUGCUCUUGUCACCGAUCAAUUGUUCAGGCAUUCUAACAUUGACGUGAAAGUUGCUGUUGCCUCAUGCAUUAGUGAGAUAACAAGAAUAACCGCACCAGAUGCACCUUAUGAUGAUGAUCGAAUGAAGGAGGUAUUUCAGCUGAUUGUAUCGUCGUUUGAAAACCUAGAUGACAAAUCUAGCCAGUCAUAUGUCAAGAGGGCCUCAAUUCUUGAAACUGUUGCGAAGGUUAGGUCAUGUGUGGUGAUGCUGGAUCUUGAAUGUGAUGCACUGAUAAUUGAGAUGUUCCAGCUCUUCUUCAAGACUAUAAGGGAUUAUCACCCAGAAGAUGUCUUUUCAUCAAUGGAGACCAUCAUGUCCCUUGUCUUAGAAGAAAGUGAAGAUAUUUCUGUGGAAUUACUGUCACUUCUACUAGCUAGUGUGAAAAAGGGGGAUGAGGAAGUUCUACCUGUUGCUCGGAGGUUGGGUGAGGAAGUACUUGAAAGCUGUGCUGCGAAGGUUAAACCUUACCUUAUACAGACUGUGAAGUCUUUGGGCGUAUCUUUAGAUGAAUACAGUGACAUUGUUUGUUCAAUAUGCCAAGAAAUAUCUGGUUCUGUUGAGCAGAAUGAUGUCCAUGCUGGUGAUGAAAAUAAGGUUGAAGAGAGCAAGCCAGUUGGGCCAUCAUCCGAUGCUGCUGCUUCUCAGGUCAAUGAAGAGGAAACAACAGAAGUGGCAACUCCUGAACAAGCCGAACCUGCAAAUGACAAAUGUCCAAAGUCAGCUGCGAGCAAUGGUGUCACACAGAUGGAGGAAGACGACUCCUUAGCAGAUUCAGAUUCCAUGAAGAAGCAGGAGGAUGAUAACAAAACUGAUCAGUUGAAAAGCAUUGAUUUGCCAAGUCAUGCUGAACCUGAUUUUUCAAAUGCUGAAAGGGUAGUAGUAAAUACAGAAAGUGAGGCAGAACAGACAAGCAAGAAGAGUGAGAAGUCUCCAACAAGAUUGGCUGAGCCUUCCGAGAGUUCUCGUGUUGACUCUGAGAAGACAGCUGAGGAACUCCCUGGCAAUAAAAUUCACAGCGAGGAUGUUCCUGGUUCUCCUCAUAAAGAUCAACCUGUUGAGGAAGCAAUAUCUUCUGAGAAUGUAAAAGAAACUGGCAGUCAGCCUCCCUCACCUAAGGCAUUAGAGGGUGAUUCUGUACCUGUUGCUUCCCCAUCUGUUAGUGAAAACCUUCCUGAUGAAAGUUUUUCCAAAAAGGGUGGACGAGCAAAGAAAAAAGAGAUCUUGAACAAACAUUCUGCACCAUCUUCUGAUGAUGUACCAAACAAGUUAUCUGAUGGAACAAGUGAUUCAGAAGCAAAACUGCAUAAAUACUCUGGAAAAGAGGCAUCUGCUGGGACUUCCAGUGAGGAUAAGACACCAAUGAGGACAGAUGCAUCCAAGAAGGAAAGUGACACCACUGGCGAGCCAGAAGCAAAACCACUGAAGCAGUCAUCUAAAAAGGUGGACACAUUGAAGGAAAGCGACACCACUAAUGAACCAGAGGCAAAAGCAAGGAAGCAGUCAUCUAAAAAGGUGGAUGCAUCCAAGAAGGAAAGUGACAUCAGUGGCGAACCAGAGGCUAAACUGCCGAAGCAGUCAUCUAAAAAGGUGGACGCAUCCAAGAAAGACAGCAACACCACUGAUGAAUUGGAGGCAAAAUUGCAGAAGCAAUUAUCUAAAAAGGUGGGCACAUUGAAGGAAAGCAACACCACUAAUGAACCAGAGGCAAAAGCAAGGAAGCAGUCAUCUAAAAAGGUGGACGCAUCCAAGAAGGAAAGCGACACCAGUGGUGAACCAGAGGCUAAACUGCUGAAGCAGUCAUCUAAAAAGGUGGAUGCAUCCAAGAAAGAAAGCAACACCACUGAUGAAUCGGAGGCAAAAUCGCAGAAGCAGUCGUCUAGAAAAGUGGAUGGAAGCAGCAGCAACAACAAUGAUGGAUCAACUUUAAAGCAGUUUGAGGAUAAGAAACGGCAGAGUCAUGGAAAAGCAGUUUCUGAAAAGCAUGUAACCAAAAGUUUGAUGAAAGAUGAUGACAAAGAAAAGACCCAUUCAACCAAGUCAGCUGCAAAAACAGCAAAAGAGGAACAUCACUUAGAGGAGACCCCUGUGACUAGCACCAAGAGGAAGCGUGCUGCUGGUGAUGAAAAAGCACCUGAUAUUAAAGAAUUUGACGAAAAUGUGAUUGGUUCAAAGGUUAAAGUAUGGUGGCCAAAAGAUCGCCAAUUUUAUGAAGGUAAAAUUGUAUCUUUCGACUCGAUUAAGAAGAAGCACAAGGUUUUAUAUACUGAUGGCGAUGAAGAAAUUUUAGUUCUCAAAAGGCAAAAAUUUGAGUUUAUUGGUGAUGACUCUGAGUCAGACAAGGAAGAAGCAGCAGAUCCCUCAAGUCCUGAGACCUCUUCUGAAACCAGGCCCCUGAAGAAGAGAAUGAAAACAAAUUCUGACAAGUCAACUAAGCAAGGAAAGGGGGAUGAUUCCUCAAAAAGGGGUAGUGGAGCUUCAUCCAGCAAAUCCAAAAGUGCUGCAGCAAAAUCAGGAAAGUCGAAGGAAGUCAGUAAAACUGGUGGGAAAUCUGUAGACGACUCUAAAGUUAAGAAAUCAGAUGAUCAUGGCAAAAACAAGGAUCAUACCUCUAAAAGUGGAAGUAAAUCUGAUGUUGCUUCCGAAACUGCCAGCAAAUCCAAAAAUGAUUACUUGGUGACAUCCAAGGCUAGCAAGUCCAAAGAAGAUGAGACAAGCACGCCCAAACCCUCCAAGUCCAAGCAAGAAACCCCGAAGACUGGCAAGUCCAGGCAUGAUACCCCAAAGGUUUCCUCCUCUAAUACCAAAGGUAAAGCCUCAAAAAGUGGUGGCAAAUCUAACAUCAAUGGCGCUGGUAAGUUGAAAUCAGGCUCAUCAAAGGUGAAAGAAAUUGAUGAUGAAGAGACCUCAACAGAUUCAGACAAAGUGCAGCAAAUUGCAAAGGUGAAGAUGGGAAGUUCAUCCAAAGGACAGGGGAGUGAGGCAGCGAAGAGUGGAAAAAAGCGGCGAAGAACUUGAAGUUGACGACUUCUCUCUUCAACUGCUGCAUGAUGCAAGCAAAGUUGUUUCCUGUCCCCAACACAUGGACCUUGAUGGCUCGCUCUCUUUGAUGUCCUAGAGCUGCAUCCACACGGUAGUAAGCCAUGGUUUUGGUAUCUUGCCAUCCUUGACAUGAUUCCUGGGUCAUUGGCUUACAUUAGUGUUUGAUAGUCUAGUUUGGUUUUAGAUGGUAUCUAUGGCUGUUUGGGAAUCUACAGUAGAAUAGAUUGAGGUAGUUUGUUAAAAUAGAUAUGCCUUUAUAGAUAAUGUGUAAUGACAUUGGGAUUGUGAUGCACAAUGUCAUCUUCAAUUCACCAUUGGAUCAUUUAGUCGAUGCGUCA